GAUGAGUGAACCACGUAUCACCAACCCAGCCAUAUUUUUCAUCAGCAAAGCUGGGGGAUGAAGAGUAAGUGAAGGGCAUGGCCAUGGCUGUACUAGCUACUCAAGCUUUGCUCUGCCAAACCCAUUGCCGGGCUCUUCCAAGACCAACACCCUUCAGUUCCAACCCUCCUCCACAGCCCAGCCGCUACCCCUGCAAACAUCACGGCGAAACAUGGCCCACAACCUCCUUUUCUAUCCUCCAUUCCACGCCCAUUGUUUGCCGCGCGUCCCGCCGCAAGUCCACCGCCUUGAGCUCCAGCUCGGAAGAAAGCGAUCAGGAUGGUCCUCUUCGGCGAGUCCUUCACCUGAGUCUGUGGGCCGCUGAGGCUGUUUAUAUCUUGUGGCUCUUUUUGCUUCCCUAUGCUCCUGGAGACCCUGUAUGGGCCAUCAGUUCCAACACAAUAAACGAACUCAUCGGUCUUUCUCUCAAUUUCUUCUUCAUUUUGCCUUUGACCAAUGCUGUCGGUAUUCGUCUGAUUGAUGCCCCAGUCCUUCACCCUAUGUCUGAGGGAUUGUUCAACUUUGUUAUUGGGUGGACGCUGAUGUUUGCUCCGUUGUUAUUCACUGAUCGCAAGAGGGACAGAUACAAAAGUUCCCUCGAUGUUCUAUGGGGACUGCAGAUGUUUCUCACCAACACAUUCUUAAUUCCUUACAUGGCAAUCCGGCUGAACGAAGCUGAUGCAGAUAGCCGCCCUACCAAGCUCUCUCCUCUAGGCUCCGUGAUGACAAAUGGUGCAGCCGUAGUGGGAUUAACUGGUGGGGCUGUAUGUGUGUUUUCUGCAAUAUGGGCUCUUUAUGGUCGAAUGGAUGGUGAGUUUGGAAACAUAACAGACAGGUGGCAGUUCUUGGUAAGUUAUUUAGGUUCAGAAAGGCUGGCUUAUGCCUUCAUUUGGGACAUAUGUUUAUACACAAUCUUCCAGCCUUGGUUGAUUGGUGAGAACCUACAAAAUGUUGAGAAAAGCAAAGUUGGUGUAGUGAGUUAUCUUAGAUUUAUCCCUGUGGUUGGCUUAGUUGCCUAUCUUCUCUUUUUAAAUCUUGAGGAGGACCAAUAGUUUGUCUGCUGCAGUAAUUUGUAGCUCUAUUUGUUAUAAAAAGAACAAACGAAAUUGUCCCGGUUUUUGCUUUUGGUGAAUUUAACUCAGAAGAAGUUCAAAGAGCA